AUGAGUCACCUCACAUUUGUUUCAAUCUCCGAUGGAGCGCAAUUCGGUCAUCCCACAAGCUUCCUGUGGCAGGUUGCAUUUGAUGCGGGACCUGUCAGCACACUAUCCCUAUCGAAGCCAAGACCGUACUGGCGUCUGGCGUUGUUGCUGAAGCCAUGUCAUGAUACCCCAAAAUAUUCUUCUGCAAAUUUCCACUCUGAGAACACGAAAUCCUCCGAGACUAUUGCCACUGCUAAAGGAUGGAUCAAUAAAUGCAUAGAAAGCCACGAACUGUGCUCCCAGAUAAGUCCAACAGACGACCAGUGGUAUCCAACUCGCCUUCUCGACUGCGGUUCUCCAAACAACUCCAGCGUGCAAUGCCGGAUCAUCGAUACCAGCAUUUCAAAACUUCACGAGGCUGCGGAGAUUUAUCCCGACGACUUGCCUGUUGACCUUCGACCGUCCUCGACUAGUCUCAGAGGAUUCGGGAUCCGCAACCAAUCCACCUCCAGCAACGGUCUCAACGUCUACCUCUAUUGGGCUGAGAUAGUGAAGGCAUACACAUCCUGCAAACUCACGUUCCAGCAAGACAAGCUAGUUGCUCUUUCCUCAAUCGCGAAGAAGGUCAUGAAAACCCUACGAGACGAGUAUGUUGCCGGCAUGUGGCGCAAGUACCUAGAUCGGGAGCUGAUUUGGUCGGUGUCUGUAUCAACACACCGAUUCGACAUCGAGGACCGGGCUCAAGCAGAUUUCGUGGAUACUUGCGAUCGGACACCAGUUACAUACACAGCGCCGAGCUGGUCUUGGGCAUCGACAUCCGGCAAGGUUAAUCCCGGACUUCCAGACGUACCGGAGACAGAUGUGAUGAUUGCGGUCGAAGACUACGACCUCGAAUAUGCUACACCAGAUACAACAGGCUUCAUAAGGGGCGGCUGGCUGAGAAUAUGGGGCGACUUGAAGACGUUGAAACUAAUACCUUAUCGAUCUUCGCCUACAUGCACCACGGCGGACUGGGAAAUGGUCGUCAACGGCACAAAUGUCAGCAUUCUGUCCGAUUCUACUGCCCGAGAACCCCAGCCUCACGUAAUGCUGGACACUUAUCAUUCAGAUUUCGAUCAGCAAAACUCGACGUCAACCUUAUUCUGUAUGCCAGCAAGAGAAAGAAAAGGUGAUGAGGGUAGCCUGUACGUUUUGCUACUCGAGUUACAGGAUCGAGACUCAGGGACCUUUCGACGAAUCGGGAUGGCAAGGGGCUGGGGAAAGGAGGUGAAACGUGGAAUUUUGUGGGGUAGAGACAAAAUUACGCAGUUGCCAUGCGAAGCUUUUAUCAACGGUCGAAGUUUGGUGCGAUUAGUAUAA